CCUGAUAUUUCUGGCAUAUCGCCCAACACUGGCAUGAUAAUUGGUGGAACAAAAAUCAUCAUUAGAGGAAAAAAUCUGGGUGAAAGAAAAGAAGAUAUAAUUGGUUUGUUUGUUUGCGGGUCAAAUAUUUUAAGCUCCCUGGAGUAUGUAAGUUCUUCAAAAAUUUUGUGCACCACAAAACCUUGGAGGGUAGGUGAGGGUGUGAUCACUAUAGAAACCCAAACCGGAGGCAAAUCUAAUUCAACCUUGACCUUC